AAAACAUUUCCUUAUACAAAAGGAAAUAAUAAUCCAAAAAGUUACAAGAUGUUGUUAUUUAAGAUAAAUAGUUAGAAACAAUUUACACUAAUUAGAAAAAGGAAAUCACAACAUAUAUAUAAAUAACACACGUAUGAUGUAUCGAUGUGAUCUCUCCAGUAAUAUUUCUCUCGAAGAAACAAAACAAGCUCUAGUUCUCCAACGAUCAUGACUACUCGGUUCCUAAAGAUCAUCUUCAUCGCCUUCCUCGUCUUGCUUUUUGUUGAAGUUUCACAAGCUCGUUGGGGUGAGCCAACUAUCUAUGAAAUAGACGGUGAAAUAGUCGAAUUUUAUAAACAUUGGCAUGUGAAGAAGGUCGAGGAUAUUGAUGACGUGAUCAACGAGGUAGUUAAAUCUACUUACAUCGGCGACUUGCAUGCGGAGCUAAUGGACAGAUACGGCGCCAAAUUGAUGUGGAGGAUUGAUGUUUUUCUGUGUGCUUGUUUCUCUUUGUUGUUGACAGAUUUAGUUUUCAAGAUUUUCUUUUGUAUUGUCAGCAGAUGCUCUGCCAGGAUUUCGAAACCCAUUAGAUGUUAUGUGUAAAUAAUACAAGUCGAUAAUUGAUUGUUGUUUUUUGGAUUAUUCAA